GCAUACACAGACUGAAUAUCAACAAAAGGUACCACAUUAUAAAGUUUAUUCACCACUGACUGUAUGGAUACAAACAAAAAUGACGUUGAAUACGAUGUCAGUGUAUAAAUGACGUUUUUAAAAAAGGAAUAUCUCAAAUUAAAGCAUAAAAUUUAAAAUAAUACCAUUUUAAAAUAAUUCAUCACUAAGGUCCUCAAACAUAACGAUAAUAAAUUAGCAACAUAUUUUUAAGAAUCUAUAAAAAUGCUCAAAAGUUGAUGAAAUUGCGAGGAAAUUGAUUAAUGAAAAAAUUAAAUAAAAAUUCAAGGCAAAGAUGUCGAGUAGUGAUUUAGAUCAAAAACCCUUUAUUUUGCCAUCGGAAAUGCACCAGAAAAUACUAGCAGAAAAUGAUAGACAGUAUGAGGAUGAAUUAGAAGUGAUGAGUGAAGAAGUGGUCAGUGUGGAACUAAACGAUUCAUAUCGAAAACGUAGAGGAAUCCUUCCAAAACGAGCUGUAAAUGUCUUAAAGAAUUGGUUAUAUACUCACAGGUUAAAUGCUUAUCCGACUGAAGAUGAGAAAUUUAUGCUCUGCCGAGAAACUGGACUGACGAAUUUGCAAGUCUGCAAUUGGUUUAUUAAUGCACGACGGCGGAUCCUGCCUGAAAUGAUACGAAAAGAUGGACAUGAUCCAAAUAAAUACAGGAUAUCGAGAAAAGGGAAGCAUUUGUCAGACGACACUUUCCCACCGCACAUGCUGUCACCGACAAUGAAGCAAAAUUUAAAAAUGAUGAAAUUUGAAGAUUCGGGAACGGAGGUAGAAGACGACGAAAUGGAUAAUAACGAGCACCAAUCACCAGAAAUUAUUGACGUACAGUCAGGAUCUCUUGCUUUUAUGAAAAAUAAUGAAAUGAAGAUAUCAAAUGACGAUUAUGAUGAGAGUAAUUUAAUUUAUAGUGCUUCUGCUGUUAACAAGCCCAAACGCAAAUACAAUAAAGUCAAGAAUCAAGAAAAUCAAAUUGGCAAUGAAUCAAAGUCAAAGCGUAAAUACAAGAAGCGCAAGGUUGAUUCUAAAAGAUCGGACGAUGAAAUUGAGAUUGAAGAACAUAAAUACGUGCCUAUGUCCGAAGCAUCAACGUCAAAUGACUAUUUUAACAUUUCUCAUCCGCGCUUUAAUCAGCUCCAAAGUGAGUCUCGACGAAAAUCCACACCGCCAAUUAGAAUUCAGCAAGUUCCAGUGCCAGUUGUUCCAACAAUAAGUCAACAAGGAAAUUCUCGCAAUAGUGUUCGUGUACGAGGAGUCAUACGUGAUCCCAAUAAUUCUAAAUGUCUUUAUUUACUCAUCGAUUCAUCGAAUUCAUAAAACAUACAGCAACAAAAAAAUUAAAAUUCGGAGGAUUUUUUUUUGUUUUUUUGAAAAGAAAUUUUGUAGAUUUUUAUGUUUUUUUUUUGAGAUUUUUAUACACAACUUUUGUAAAUUAACUUAACUCCUCCUUAGUACCGUGUACUGAGAUCUAAUGUAUACAAUUUAAAUAUAAUAUAAUUAUUAUUUUCUCAUAAUAA